GCAGCAGCCGCAGUUUCCAUUUCCACUAGCAGUCUGUCCUCGCUACGCGUCGGCGUACGUCGGUUGCUGCACUCUUUUGUCUGACUCAUUUUUCCUUCCGCCGAAGGCAGGGAAUUAAACGGUGUUUUUCGUCGUUGUCAUACACGUCACGACGCGGCCGCGACGUAGGAGCUCGUGAUCUCAUAAUUCAGCGAACCACUUCAAGUUCUUCCGUUGCAACAGUUGAUUCUUGAAUAGAAAAAAUGAGUCACGGAUCCUACGGUUACCAAGGACCACCUGUUCAGUUUCCGGGACGAGCACGACCACCAACGUCAUUUGGGGCUCUACAUGGUGCACCCUCUGCCCCUGGUGUUCCUUCUUAUUCUCCAGUGGGCUUCUCAAAUGCUCCACCGACAUCUUUUGGCAUGCCUCAACCAUACUCUCAGGCUCCUUAUCCAACACAGCCUUUGCAUCCAUUCCCUGGCAAUGUACCUGCUCAAACUGAUACUUAUCCUCCACAACAAAUGCCGUAUCCCCAAUCUAUGCCCACAUGUUAUCCCUCUAAUACAUACUCUAAUCAAUCCGGUCCGUCUCCUUAUCUCCAACAACAAAGUAAUAAUCCAUAUCCUAAUCUUCAAACAGCACCAGAUGCUAAAGAAUAUUUUAGCGAUAUGACUCCUUCCCCUUAUCCUUCUGGACCAAAUACAUACACAGCUAGUUCACUUCAAAGCGGUAGCUACCCCGGGGGGCAGGGGGUAAGCUCACAAUAUCCUCAUGCUGCUACUCAUGGUACUACCCCAGCCCCCCGUAGAGAUCGGUUUACGCCUAAGACUUCUCCCACGGUAGUACCUUACGAUGGCUUUGAUGCCAGAGCGGAUGCUGAAACUUUAAGAAAAGCUAUGAAAGGAUUUGGCACCGAUGAAAAAGCUAUUAUUCAUGUUCUUGCAAAUCGUAAUAAUCUACAGCGCCAAGAGAUUGCAUCUCAAUUUAAGACCCUUUAUGGAAAGGAUCUGAUAAAGGAUUUAAAAUCUGAGCUGUCAGGAAACAUGGAGAAACUUGUUCUUGCCUUGAUGAUGCCCUUACCUCAAUUUUAUGCUAAAGAACUCCAUGACGCUCUGUCUGGUCUUGGUACUGAUGAGACAGUACUCAUCGAAGUAUUAUGUACAAUGUCCAAUCAUGAAAUUUCGAUUAUUAAACAAGCAUAUGAAGCAAUGUUCAGAAAAACAUUGGAAGAUGAUUUAAUGUCUGAUACAUCUGGCAAUUUCAAACGCUUGAUGGUAUCAUUAUGUUGUGCCAAUAGAGAUGAAUCAUUUAAUGUGGAUCAAUCUGCUGCAAUGGAAGAUGCCAGACAACUUUUGCAAGCUGGGGAGCUUCGAUUUGGUACGGAUGAGUCUACUUUUAACGCGAUUCUCGUCCAAAGAAACAUGGCACAGCUACAACAAAUAUUCAAAGAGUAUCAUAAUAUAACAGGCCACGAUAUUGAUGAAGCGAUUGAAAAUGAAUUUUCGGGCGAUAUUAAGAAGGGUCUUCUUGCAAUUGUGAAGUGUGUCAAGAACAGACCCGGUUUCUUUGCCGAACAAUUGUAUAAAAGCAUGAAAGGUCUUGGUACAGAUGACAACCGUCUCAUUCGUUUGGUUGUGACACGUUGUGAAGUGGAUAUGGGUGAAAUAAAGAAUGCAUUUGUCCAAUGUUAUAAAGAGUCAUUGGAAGAUUUUAUAUCUGGUGACUGCUCAGGACAUUACAAAAAAUGCUUAUUGGCAUUAAUACAGUCCUAAAAUACAAUAUUUUCGACCAAAUAUAUGGGGCUUACGUUGCAUUUAUCGUUCAUCUUUUUACAAAUAUCUUUGUACAAUGUAUGUAUGUAUAAAUGUUCGGCUUCUCCUCUUAAUUUCCAACAAUUAUGCCAGUGAUAAUAACACCGAUUCGUGCUUUGAAAUAUGCAUAAAUGAAUUUAUUUUUAUAUG